AUGCUGGUGGUUAUCACGGCGCGCAAGGCUGUGCAUGUAACAGAGGACAACCGGAUCAAUCUCAAACAAUGGGUGGCCCCGUUGGUGGACUCCGGUGCUGUAUUGGCGUUCAAGGACCCCUACUUGGACGCACCAGAUGACUUGGUGCUGCGCUGGGCUCGCCUUGCCCUCUCCUGCACCGCCAUGCCUGUGGCCUCCCGUCCCUCCAUGAAUGAAGUGCUGGGGGAGCUGGUGAAGUUGAAGCGGGAAGUGAUCGGAGCACAUGUGGGCGACGCAAUAUCUUGCAUCGACAUGGAAAUUGAGAGUUCCAUUGGCUCCUCCGGCUUUACUGCUGAAUUAGCCCGUGCGGAGCGAGAGGCCAUGCCAACUGGCUCUCUUGUUGAAUAG